CGUCCGCCAUCUUGCAGGUGCCCACAACUCCCGAUAAAAUAAAAUUCAAUUAAAACAAUGAUUUUAAACUGAACAAGGCUGUGCCGUGUUGAAAUAUAAAACUCGAAUAAAAUAAAACGCCCCCAUUUACACAAUUCCAGAGACGCCGAUUCGCGACACCACUGAAAAAUGAGCUUUUUCGGAUUCGGACAAUCGGCUGAAAUUGAAAUUUACCUGGACGGGCAAGAGUCGAGGAAAACUGCCGAAGUGAAGACUGAAGAUGGGAAGAAAGAAAGACUUUUGUUGUACUACGAUGGAGAGACUGUGUCCGGAAAAGUGAACAUCAGUCUGAAAAAACCUGGGAGCAAACUGGAACAUCAGGGUAUAAAAAUCGAGUUCAUCGGCCAAAUCGAGAUGUUCUAUGACAGAGGCAACCACCACGAGUUCAUUUCCUUGGUGAAGGAGCUAGCCAGACCCGGAGACAUGAUCGCGCACACGUCCUAUCCAUUCGAAUUCAGCUGCGUGGAGAAACCCUUCGAAGUCUACACAGGCGCCAACGUCCGACUGAGGUACUACCUAAAAGUCACCAUCAUCCGGCGACUGGCCGAUAUCGUCAAAGAACUGGACAUCGCCGUGCACACCCUCUCCAGCUACCCUGAGAUGAACAACUCCAUCAAGAUGGAAGUGGGAAUCGAGGAUUGUCUGCAUAUCGAGUUCGAAUACAACAAGAGCAAGUACCACCUCAAAGACGUGAUCGUGGGCAAAAUCUACUUUCUGCUAGUCCGUAUCAAGAUCAAGCAUAUGGAGAUCGCGAUAAUCAAGAAGGAGACGACUGGUACUGGGCCUAAUACCUUCACAGAGAACGAGACGAUCGCCAAGUACGAAAUCAUGGAUGGUGCGCCUGUCAGAGGCGAAAGCAUCCCCAUUCGAGUGUUCCUAGCGGGGUACGAACUCACCCCCACGAUGAGAGACAUCAACAAGAAGUUUUCUGUUAGGUAUUUUCUAAAUUUGGUGCUUAUGGACACGGAGGAUCGGCGGUACUUCAAGCAGCAGGAAAUCACGCUGUGGAGAAAAGGUGAUAAAGUCCGAAAACCGAACCUCCAAAGCCCCGCCAUCCUCGCAGGCACCCAGACGCUGGAAAACACAGCUCCUCAGGAGGACGAUCAAGAGAAAACAGAACCUGCACAGAAAGAGGAUUUUUUGAGGGCCCCCAACUCCCAGUCGAACGAUAAACUCAAUGCUAGUGACCCCUUUGAUCAAAGAAUUUCCUCUCCGACUGAAAGUCCACCUGAAAGUCAAAUACAAAACAUGACACGAGAGGCAGGUGACGGUCAGAAUGACCCUGAAAAUACCGAGUGAUACAAGGUGGUUAUUUACAUGAAUCGGACAGUCCUAACUUGAUUUGUUUUAGAAGGAAGAUUUGUGAUUGAGGUUAUGUAACGGGGACUUUGGGGCGUAAAUGCGUGCACGUUUUGUAAAUAUGUAAUUGUUAUUUACAGUUGAAAUUGGCAUUCUGUAUAAAUAAGCAAAUUUAUUAUUUACACAUAUAAUUAUUGUAUAUUUCUCAUAUAGGAAAUAAACAAGUUGGAAAAUU